GGUUGCACCCAACAUAAACCCAAAGAGCUUCAAACCCUUCUCUUUUUCUUUGUGUGUGUGUAACACAAACAUGGCUAGCAAUGUGGUUUUGGCUUCUUCACAGCAACCCAAGAAGGGUGACCUGAGCUUGUUCGCCUCGUCGGACCUCGAGAUCAUGAAUCAAAUCUAUGCUACCCACGUCCACAAUGAUGAAAAGUUUGAUGUUGAAUCUCUUUUCAUCGUCGUCGAGAACAUCCUCAAGCGUGCCACCCAGAUCGUUGAUAAUGUUGUGCUGGGUACCCCAGCAACAGUGGAACACUUGGAGGAGAAGACCCCCAAAGCAGGUUUUAGCCCACCCUUGUGUACGCUGAAGAGCAUUUCCUGUGAGAUGCAAUGCAAGGCUCCGGGAGAAGAAACUGCUUACAAAACAACACUGUCGAUACUUAACAAGCUAUCGAACUACUCGUGGGAUACAAAGGCAGUGCUGACUCUUGCGGCUUUUGCUUUGGACUAUGGCGAGUUCUGGCUGCUUGCCCAAAGCCAGUCAACGGACCAACUCGCCAAAUCUGUGGGAACCCUGAGGAGGGUAUCCGUCCUCUUAAAACGCCCAACCCUGCAGAAACACAGGCAGGCACUCAUUGAACUUAACACUGUCAUCAAAUCCACUCUAGAAGUGAUUGAAUGCAUCUUUGAGCUGGAGAAGCUGUCGAAUUAUGACACGAAGGAUGUCCCAGCACUGUCAACCGGCAUGGACCAUAUCCCAGUUGAUGUUUUCUGGGCUAUUGUGACUGUUGUUGCGAGCACCACUCAGCUCUGUUGCCUCACAAGCGACGAUGACAAGAAGCAGGAACUCUCCCAGUUUUCUCAGAAACUCAACGUCAUCCUCACCAAACUCAAGAGGCAGAUUACAAUUUGCAGGCAACAAGUAGAGGAGACAGAGGCUUACUGGAAGCUCACGAAGCUUUUUCGUACCCCUACAGAGAUCAUGGAGAUAAUUAAGGGACUGAUUUAUUCCAAGGACAACGUGCAGCCCAGCUUGAUUGAUGGUUCUCCCAAAAAACCGAUGCACUUCGUGUAUGUAAAUGUGGUGAGGGCCAGAGAUCUUCCUGCAAUGGACGUCACCGGAAGCCUUGAUCCAUUCGUGGAAGUGAAGAUUGGGAACUACAAAGGCACUUCGAAACACUUGGUGAAGAACCAACACCCAGAGUGGAAGCAAGUUUUUGCGUUUUCUAGAGAGAGGAUUCAAGCGAAUUUGCUGGAAGUGACUGUGAUGGAUAAGGAUAAAUUUACAAAAGAUGAUUUUGUUGGGAGGGUUAGUUUCGAUCUCACGAAAGUUCCUCUCCGGGUGUCGCCGGAUGGUCCUCUGGCUCCUCAGUGGUACAAAUUGGUGGACAAGAAGGGAAACAAGACACAUGGGGAGGUGAUGCUUGCGGUUUGGAUGGGAACACAGGCUGACGAGUCGUUUGCAGAGGCAUGGCAUUCGGAUGCUCACAACGUUAGUCAUGCAAACAUCUCCAAUACUCUUUCACAGGUUGACAUUGAUGUGCUGAAGAGGAAGAACGUGUUACUGUUCAUUUCGGGGCUAGACAUAACCGAUGAAGACAUUUCAAUCCUGAGGCCAAUUUAUUAUUCAAUAACGAAGGAUGAUCAGUACAAGAUUGUAUGGAUCCCAAUUGUGGACCAAUGGACCGAUGACCUGCGAAAGAAGUUUGAGUUCCUGCGGUCGAAGAUGCCAUGGUACGUGGUGCAGUGCUUUUCACCCAUAGCAGGCAUCCGAUUCGUGAAGGAGAAGUGGCACUUCAAGGGCAAGCCCUCCGUUGUGGUGUUGAACCCGCAAGGAAAGGUGGAACAUGAGAAUGCAAUCCACAUGAUCAGAGUAUGGGGAAUCAAGGCCUUCCCCUUCACCACUGCAAUGGAAGAAACUUUGUCCAAUGGAAAGGAUUGGAUUCACUCCAUAGCUACCAACGUUCACCCAAAUAUUGAUAACUGGAUCAAAGAUCAAAAGUACAUCUUUUUCUACGGGGGCAAGGACAAGGAGUGGAUCCAACAAUUUGCCAAUAGAGCAACCGCCCUUGCCAAUGAUGCAACGAUAAAGGAAGCAAGGAUUUCCAUUGAGUUCGUGAGCGUUGGAAAGGGCAGCAAAGGAGAGGACAAUCUCGGCAUCCUCGGGAAAUUUUGGACCGGCAUUGAAAGCUUGUUCAUUUCCAAGACUCAUAGGAAGACCGACGCUGACUCUGUGACGCUAGAAAUCCAGAAAUUGCUUUCCUACAAGAAUGAGAGCGGAUGGGCUUUGCUCAGCAAAGGAUCGAACGUGGUGCUCAGUGGCCACGGCACAACUAUCUUGAAGGUCGUGGAGGAGUUUGACAAAUGGAAGAAGUUUGUGCAAGAGAAGGGCUUCGAAUUCACAUUCAAAGAGUACCACAACAGGGUUCUACACACUGCUCACAUCUGCUGCCGCAUUGACAUCCCAAAUACCACUGGAAGAAUUCCGGAGAACAUGAAAUGCCCCGAUUGCCCCCGCAUCAUGGAGACGUAUAUCAGUUUCAAGUGCUGCCACAUUGAUGGUGCUGCCAACGGAGUGCAUUAAGCAGCCACUUUUCUUCGAACUAGUAUUACUAAUUAAAUAAUUAAUGUGGUCCACGUGGAAGUUUGUGACCGUAUGCUACUACUAAUAUGAGUUGUGGACUUGUGUUGUGACCCUUAAUUUUUAUGUUUUUGUAUGAUGUUUUCUGAUGAUGCCACUAGAAAAUGGGAGAUUUGUGGUUUCUUGGUUUUGGUUUUCCUUUCUUUUGGUUCAUGAAAGGAAAUGUUUGUGUAUUUGCUUAGUAUGGAUGUUGAAUUGAACUACUAAGUGGUAUCCUUUUGGUUUUUAUAUUGAA